AUGUUUUCAAAACAUAUCAAUGACAGAUCUUUAAGUUCAUUGUGUGGGGGUCGUAAUGAUUUUUCAAGUUAUACAAAUCAAAAUAACUCGAGCAAUACUGAAAAUAAUCAGACUCAAAAUGCUCCAACACGCGCAACAACAAACGCAUCACGAUUUGAUAUUGACUGGGACGGUUUAGGAUCCGAUUUAAUUUCAUAUAAUGAAUCUGAAAUGUGUCUACAAGCAUAUACAGUUACUACCGGUAGUCUGACAAAAGUCAUCACGAUCAAUCGCCCAUGUCGGUGCGUGUUACUCAAUCAAGUUUUCAAUUCAAAUGCUAUACUAAGAAAAUUUCUAGCAGUUCUUCGUCCUAUUUUAUACGGAAAAAUCUAUUAUUCUCCAUCAAAUAUUUAUUAUGACAAUAUCAUAAAACAAAUCAAUCAAACAUUUGAAUCCUUAGAUGAACUUGUUCAAGUACUCCGUCAACUACGAUUAUCAAUGAAAUCAACACUUGAAACAUAUCAAUCCAUGUGUGAUACGUUUUCGAACUUGUCAGCAAUGUGUGAACAAAUACCAACCUAUCAAAGAAUGCUAACUUUAUCUGUGAUUUUAACAGAAUUUAUUGCUUGUACAGAAUUGAAUCGUUUUGAAGCAAUGAAUAGCGAACUAGAUAUGAUACAAGCAGGACAAAAUGCAUCUCUAACAAACAAUUUUCUAGCUGCUAUUACAUUUAUGGAUGAUAUAUCGAGUAAUGCAAGUUUACCGGCACAUGUUCGAUUUAAAAUAAGAAUGACACUUGAUCUUGUUGAUAGUACAUUUCAAACUGCAGAUCGAUAUUUUAAAUAUGCACCUCGUACAAGUGCACCAUUGUCAACAAAAUAUCAUUCGUAUACAUUUAUUUAUUUGCAAAACGCCAUUGAACGAGCCAUUAUCAGUGCACAUACAGGAACAAAUUUACCAUACGGUAUAAAAACACAACAAAUGCCUUAUCCAUGUUGGAUCAAUGAUCAAUUUGUUAAUUCAAUUAGUCGAAUGUUACCGUUGUUAAUGGUAUUAAGUUGGAUAUUUACAGUAUCAAUGAAUGUUAAAGAUAUCGUACAAGAAAAAGAAAAACGAUUAAAAGAAAUAAUGAAAAUUAUGGGUUUAAAAGAUUCUGUUCAUUGGUUUACAUGGUUUAUUUUAUGCACAACUAUCAUGAUUCUGACAGCAAUCUUACUUGUACUACUUUUAAAGUUUGGCAAAAUUCUAAAAUUUUCAAAUAUAUUUGUAUUAUUUCUAUUUUUUAUUGCCUAUACGUUUGCAACAAUCACUCAAUGUUUUCUCAUAAGCGUCUUUUUCAACCGAGCCAAUUUAGCUGCAUGCGGUAUUCAUUUACGAAUCUUAAAUAUAAAACUGUGUCUCGAUUGUGUAUAUAUUCUAGGAGCUGGAAUUAUAUAUUUUCUUCUCUAUUUACCAUAUACGAUUGUAAUUAAUUAUAGUGCUCAAAUAAAAACGUGGCAACAAAUCAUUGCCUGUCUUUCAUCGACUGUUUCUUUUGGACUCGGUUGUAAUUAUAUUGCUCGAUUGGAAGGUAUGGCUCAAGGUAUUCAAUGGUUUAAUCUAAAUAAACGCAUGACACCAAAUGAUAAUUUUACAGUUCUCUACUGUAUUAUUAUGAUGUUUAUCGAUUCGAUUAUAUAUAUGCUGUUAGCUAUUUAUAUUGAAAAUGUAUUUCCCGGUGAAUUUGGAAUUCCACAACCAUGGGAUUAUCCAUUUAAAAAGAGCUAUUGGUUUGGUUUUGACGCACAAAGCACCGAUCAGCAGCAAACUGAUGUUGAAAAUGAUCAGGGCGAUGUUGGUGUUAAUAUUAAAAAUUUAUCGAAAUAUUAUGGAAAUAAAAUGGCAUUAAAAGAUUUAUCGGUAAAAUUUUAUCGUAAUAUGAUAACGGCAUUUCUUGGAAGAAAUGGCGCCGGGAAAAGUACAACGUGGUCAAUAUUAACUGGUUUAAUACCACCAUCGAGCGGUACAGUCUAUGUCGAUGGAUAUAAUAUCCUAACGGAUAUAAAGCUAAUACGAAAACGACUCGGUUUCGCUCCGCAAUAUAACAUUUUAUUUGAUUUAUUAACAGUAAAAGAACAUUUGGAAUUUUUUUCUCAAUUGAAAGGUACAUCACAAGAAUUAAUGCAAAGCGAAACAGAAAAGAUGUUAAUAGACUUGACAUUAGAAAACAAAGCAGAAAAUUAUUCAACGGCACUAUCGGGAGGCAUGAAAAGGAAACUUUCUAUUGCCAUUGCAUUUAUUGGGAAUUCGACAACAGUUAUUUUAGAUGAGCCUACAGCAGGUGUUGAUCCAUUUGCUCGACGAGCUAUAUGGGAUCUUGUAUUAAAGUAUAAACCGGGAAGAACCAUUGUUUUAUCAACACAUCAUCUCGAUGAAGCUGAUUUACUAAGUGAUCGUUUAGCCAUCAUAUGUUCCGGUGAAUUAAAAUGUGUUGGCACAACAAUGCACUUAAAACGAGAAUAUGGUGAAGGUUAUCAUUUAAUAGUUGAAUUAAAAUCGGAUGAAACUCAUCAACAACAAGACAAUAAUAAACAUUCGAUGCUUUUCCAACAAUUAACUGACUUCCUUCGAAGAUAUAUACUCGAUAUUAAUAUUAAAGAAGAACACGGUGAUCAAAUAACUUAUGUGAUAAAAGAUGAUGUUGAACAUACGAAAGUGUUUCCAGUGAUGCUUGCUGAACUUGAUGAAAAUAAAACAAAAUAUCAUGUAAAAAGUUACGGUUUAUCAAAUAGUGGUCUUGAACAAGUAUUUCUUCGUGUUGCUGAUGAAAUAAAACGGGCAGAAGAUUAUGAACGUUUAUCACAAUGGAAAAAAUUUCAGAAUCGUACACGAAAAUUAUUUAAAAAAGAAGACAAGCCAAAAAACGCAAGCCUGGCGAACGAAAAUAACGAUGAACAAUUACAGACCAAUACAGGAUUCAGUGACGAAUGGGGUUCACAUACUGCUGAGCGCUAUACAGGUGUGCAAUUUAUAGCCGUGCAAAUAAGUGCAUUAAUGAUAAAACGUUUUCAUCGAACAAAACGCAAUACGAAAGGAUUUAUUGCUGAAAUUAUUCUUCCGAUUCUCUUCAUCUUACUUGCUAUAUUGGUUACAAAAUUGGCACCGAAUCAAUCAGACCCACCGAUGCUUAUUCUUCAUCCGUGGUAUUGGAAUAAACCAAAUCAUAUGUUUCAAUCAUUGCCUAUGAAUGAAAAUGUUUCACUUAUAUCACUUUCCGUAAAAGAUACAUUUACUCAUUCGCCAUCAUUGGGCACACGUUGUAUUAAAACAACAAUUUUCAAUAAAAGAUUGUAUCCAUGUAUGAAUAACGGUAUUGACCAUGUUGAUGUUCAAACGAAUGCGAACGUUAUGAAUGCAUUAAAUAAUGUUAAUUAUAAUCAAACACGUAUAUCACCUGCAUGUGAUUGUUGGGAAAAAAUGCAAACAUGUCCCAUUGGUAGUGGUGGGCCAGCAGCUAGUUAUGAUAUUACUAACACCAGUGAUAUUUUGUAUGAUUUGCAAGGAUUUAAUAUAACCGAUUGGCUUGUAAAAACUGAAUACGAUCUAGAAUAUUUAAUGGCUCGUUUUGGUGGUUUCGAAUUUCAACCAAAUCCUAUAUUGAAUAGUUAUGAUAUUGUCAGUGAAACGUUAAUUAAUCGAAUACUGAACAUUACCAAUCAAUCAUCAACUGAGAACCAAGCGUCGAAAAUUGCUUCACUCUUUCGAAUUAAUCCACCGCAGAUUGCGGUUUGGUAUAAUAAUAAAGGAUGGCCGGCAAGUGUUGCAUUUUUAAACAUAUUCAAUAAUGCUCUAUUAAGAGGUCUAUUAUCACAAGGUAACUCAUCGAUUGAUAUUAGUGAUUACGGUAUAACAGCAAUAAAUCAUCCGUUACCACAAAGUGAACUACAGAUCGAUAGUGAUUUACUAAGUCAAGCUACAUUAGAACUUUUUACAGCUAUUUGUAUUAUAUUUGCAUUGGCAUUCAUACCGGCAAGUUUUCUUGUUUUUCUCAUUGAUGAACGUGUGACAACAUCGAAACAUUUGCAAUUCGUUAGUGGUGUCAAAGGUAUCACUUAUUGGAGUGGAAAUCUUCUGUGGGAUCUAGCAAACUAUUGUGUAUCAAUCGCGUGUUGUAUGGUUAUAUUUCUUAUCUUUAGAAUUGAAGCAUAUAUCUAUAAAACAAAUUUUCUUUGUCUUCUAAUAUUAUUAUUUCUGUAUGGUUUUUCAAUAAUACCUUUGAUGUAUUUAAUAAAUUAUUUUUUUACAACACCAUCAACUGGCUUUGUAUUGAUUUCGUGUGUUAAUAUUUUUAUUGGUUUAAUAACGACGAUAUCAACAUUUAUACUGGAAAGUUUCGAUGACCAAGCUGAUCUCACACGCAUCAAUAGUAUUCUAAAGAAGAUAUUUCUUAUUUUCCCACAUUAUUGUCUUGGUCGAGGUCUAUUUGAUAUGAGCCGAAUACAUGCAAUCAAUACAUUUAGUCUAAAAUAUGUCGCUGGUUAUGUUCCAAUAUCACCAUUUCGAAACGAUAUUGUCGGUCGCAAUUUAAUCUCAUUAUUUUUUCAAGGCAUCAUCUUUUUCGUACUUGCUAUUCUUGCUCAAUAUCGAUUUUUUAUACCUGAUCGUGGUUGUAUGCGUACACCGAAAAAUCUCAAAUCUACGAAUGAAGAUGAUGAUGUUGCUGCUGAACGAACAAGAAUUUAUUUGGAUCCUGAUAAUACAAGUCGUGAUGUUUUACGAAUGGUUGAUUUAGUCAAAGUUUACGGAGGAGCAUUGGGAAAUAAUUUUACAGCUGUUAAAAAAACAUGUGUUGGUGUUAAACAAGGUGAAUGCUUUGGCUUAUUGGGUAUUAAUGGUUCAGGAAAAUCAACCACAUUUAAAAUGCUGACAGGAGAAAUUUCCAUGACAGAUGGAAACGCUUAUGUCAAUAAUCAUAGUGUAAUUAAACAACUAGAUGAUGUUCGACAAAAUAUAGGUUAUUGUCCACAAUUUGAUGCACUGGAUUCAUUAUUAACAGCACGCGAACAUCUUUAUUUCUAUGCUCGAUUAUGUGGAAUCAAACAAAAAAAUAUUCCAUUUAUUACUGAUUGCUUAUUAAAGCGGCUCGGUCUAACGCUCUGGGCUGAUCGACCAGUUCAUCAGUACUCAGGUGGAAAUAAACGAAAGCUAUCUACAGCUAUUUCGCUUAUUGGAAAUCCAUCAAUUAUAUUUAUGGAUGAGCCAACCACAGGAAUGGAUGUACGUGCGAAACGUUUCCUAUGGAAUUGUAUACUAAAACUGACACGUGAAGAUCGAAAAUCAGUAGUCAUAACGUCACAUUCAAUGGAAGAAUGUGAAACAUUAUGCAAUCGACUCGUUAUUAUGGUCAGUGGUGAAUUCAAAUGUCUUGGUAGUGUCCAGCAUUUAAAAGAAAAAUUUGGUGAUGGUUAUACAAUACUUAUUCGAACAAAUAUGGAUACUAAUAGAAAAACUGUUAUUGACUAUAUUCAAAAACAAAUACCAGAAGCUAUUAUCAAGGAAGAACAUAAUAAAAUGAUGCAUUUUCGUGUAUCAAUAAAUGUUUCAUUAUAUCAAAUUUUUAGUAUAUUAGAAAAAGCACGAGAUGAAUUAAAAAGUAUUAUCGAAGAUUAUACGGUUACGCAAGUAACACUUGACGAUAUAUUUGUCAAUUUCGCAAAAGUACAAGAAGAAAAUCAGAUUUCAAAAGAAACAAGCCAAGAUGAAAAUUCUUUCAAAUUAUUGCCGAAAAGAUCCAAUGUUGUCAAACCAAUAUGA